AUGGUCAAUAAACCAGUUUGAGAUGAUAUGAGGUUUGUGACACGGUGCUUUUUCCUGCUGGAAGUAGCCAUCAGAGGAUGGACAUGGUCAGCAACAACACUCAGGUUUGCUACGGAAUUUAAACGAUGCUCAAUUGGUACAAAGGGACCCAAAGUGCCCCGAGACACCAUUACACCUCCAGCCUGAACCAUUGACACAAGGCAGGAUGGAUCUGUGCUUUCAUGUUGUUUACAUAAACCCUACAAUCUGAAUGUUGCAGCUGAAAUCGAGACUCAUCAGACCAGUCUUCUAUUGUCCAAUUUUGGACAAAUUGUUCAUUCUCUGUAAACACUAGAGAUGUUUGUGAACUUAAGUUGUCUUGACCACAUCUUCAUAAAUUCAUUGAGUUGCAGCCAUGAGAUUGGCUGAUUAGCAUUGACAUUUGUGGCCCAAUCUCAGAAAACAGCAGACAAAAAACCCAACACUAAUCACCAGAAAACAAAGAUAACCACAAGUGGGCAGCAGAUAGCGACAGAUCCAUUCAAAGCUCAAGUAACAGGAUCCUCUAGUGGACAGAUCAGAGAUCACAUGCAUUUCAUUUUCGUUGUUUAUUUUGGCACCGACACAAGAACCGUCAGACUUCCUUUACAUGACGUCCCCUCGGUGCAGUAGCAGGUCCUUUCUCCUCCCCCUCUGGUCUACUCGCCUGCAUGCCCCCCUUCUCUGCACUGACCUCAUCAGCCCUUUGUUGCAAAACAAAGGAGUGUUCAGGCAUCUGUUUUCAGGAGAAAUAAAGACUUAGGGGUGCCAAGACAGAGAGGAGGAGGGCCGGAGGUAGUGUGUGAAGUUUGGCUCCAUCAACUUGAUCGCAGAGAGUCACGUGGAGGCUAAAACGGGAGCAGCAACAAGCCAAUGUGGCCUCCCACGCGGAGAACUAGAAAUACCGGCUAUGGCAGCUUCACUGCCUGAUAAAAUGCAAUUUUUUUUCUAGAUUCGCUGUGAGUGGCGUCUCCGAAGAGUCAUGCCUUUGUGGUUCUAAGGUGGAGCUGGUAUUUCCUGUAUGUCCUCCUCAGUCACCCAGUCACAAGGCCCUCUGCUCUCUCUCCCACCAUCUCCUCUGUACAUUCCCACGCACAUCAAGCUGGUAGAAGGCAGAGAUUGCUUUUUGCGCUUUGAGAGAAUCCAAGACGCCUUAAAGACGGAGAAGAUCUAGUUCCCGUGCACUGCAUGACCAUGCCCCUUCAGACAACAUCCCAUUAGCUGUGAUGAAUAAAUAAAGAGCAAAGAACCAACGCUGGAGCUGCUGGAGAAGGAAACACAAUCUAUGGUUUGGUCACUGUGGGAUGUUCACUCACUUUGCAGGGGUGAGCUGCAUUGAACUAUGGGAAAUGAAAAGGUCUGGUGUACAAUUACAGGGUGAGACCCGCUGUAUCACAUUUCAACGCAAGACCCCUAAUAUUCCAAUAUCUUUAGGUCUCUGUAACAGUUCAAUAUUAAACCACCUUGCAGAUUGACGUUAUUUAGGCGCAAUGUUAUUCAGUGAAGCGGGAUGAGGGUGCGAGCGGGUGUGUCCUAACGGCGUGUGUGCGUUUACGCAAACCGGCACGCGGUCACUUUGCGCCCCUCACUCGCGGAUCCUUUCCGGUGUGCGUCUCUUCCGGGUGCUCGGAUCACCUGCUCCGAUGGGCUCGGGUUGCGUUGCGCCCGGCAAUGAAAGUGUUAAGUCUGACUCUGCAUGCACCGAGCGGGCCUCCCUCCCUCCCACUCCAUCCAUCCAUUUGCACUGUGUGUGUGUGUGUGUUUUCGAGGGGGGUGUCGGCUGUGUCAUCCGCAAGCCUGGAUUGCGAUAUGCGCGCACGCAACUUACUUUCAUAAUAAAACCUCGCAUUUGAGCUCACACGCUUUUGCUCUUUAUUAAAUAACCUUUAAAAAAAAAAAAAAAAAAACUCCCGUUCCUUCUCCAACGGGAUAUGCCGAGAGGCGGAGGCGUUUCUUCCUCCACCCAAAGCCUCCCCAAGUUGAGACCACACUGACGCGCUGUGACAUGAAGAAACGCACCGGUGGACAUCACUGAGGUUUCCCAACAGAAGGCUAAUAACUUUGUUCCAAGCGAGCCACCUCGUCUGAGGCGACGCAGUGGGCUCGCCCGCUGUAAGACCUAUCUCUCUCUCUCUCUCUCUCUCUCGCCGCCUGCGACACACUACCGCCGCCAUGCAGACCUCAUCGCUCCGCCGCCAGAUGAAAAACAUGGUCAACAACUUCACGGAGGCCGAGAUCAAGGUCCGUGAGGCCACCUCCAACGACCCCUGGGGUCCCCCCAGCUCGCUCAUGUCGGAGGUCGCGGACCUGACCUUCAACGUGGUGGCUUUCACCGAGGUCAUGGGCAUGAUCUGGAAGCGUCUCAACGACCACGGUAAGAACUGGCGCCACGUUUACAAGGCGCUGACCCUGCUGGACUACCUGAUCAAAACGGGCUCCGAGCGCGUGGCCCAGGAGUGCCGGGAGAACAUUUACACCAUCCAGACGCUGAGGGACUUCCAGUACAGCGAUCGGGACGGACGCGACCAAGGUGUCAACGUCCGGGAGAAGGCCAAGCAGCUGGUGGCCCUGCUGAAGGACGAGGAGAAGCUGAAGAAGGAGAGAAGCCAGGCGAUGAAGACCAAGACGCGCAUAGCGGGCUCCGCCAGUGGCUUGGGCUCCGGCUCGAUGCCUCCUCCGUACCCGGGCCGGUCCGCGGGGGUCCUGGGGGACGAGCCCGGCAUGUGCAGGAGCUCGCCGUCCUCCUUUAACUCCUCCUCUUCCUCUCCUCGACUCGAUCCAGAAAUGGAGCAAGCUCGGCCCGCGACCAGUGGAGAAGAAGAGCUGCAGCUGCAGCUGGCCCUGGCUAUGAGCCGAGAAGAGAGUGAAAAGCCACCCCCUACACUGGAUAUUGAUGAACAGACCCAGCUGCGGAUCGCUAUGACGCUCAGCCAGGAGCAGCCCCACAAGUUACCCACCCAUUCUCAGCCAGUCCAACCUGUCCCUGUCCCUGUCCCUGCCCCUGUUGCACUGGAUAUGGAUGAGGACACGCAGCUCCAGUUGGCCUUGAGUCUGAGCAAGGAGGUGCACCAGCAGGAGCAACUCAGUCGCCAAGGGGACGAGUCGAUGCUCAUGAAAGCUCUGGAGGACAGCAAACGUGAGAUGGAGUCUAAAGGCGGGACUGCCUUCAUGGACCUGGUAGAUGUUUUUGCGCUGCCCUCAGAUCAGCCUCCUAGUAACCAACGAUGGAUCGAUGCCCCACAGCAGGCCGCUGCUGCUCCGGGGAGCGCAGGCCGCUGGGACUCCCUGGUAGGCAGCGACAAUGUCACAGGAGUAGAUGCCCCCUGGAUGGCCCCGCCAACGUCCAACAGCCCCCCUCCUCCAUGGGAGCCCCCUGUCAACCCCUGGGACGACCCGCACAGAACCUUUGACGCCGCAGGCCGAGAAUGGGCCUUCCCUGAAAACACAGCCGCCUCAGGAGUCGAUCCAUUCUCAUCCCUCAAAGGGACUGUCAGGGAACCCUACCUGCGACCCGGAAGCCCCUCGGAUGGGGAUCUUUUUGAUGAAGCCAUGGAUGGAGGCCCGGUGGAUAUAAAUGGGCGAGGGGAAAGCAGUCCUGAGCUAUUUGACUUGGCCUGUCUUGGAGAAAGCCUGGCAGCCCCCGGCCCUCGUACGUGCCGGACACCUGAAUCCUUCCUGGGCCCCACAGCGGCAUCCUUGGUAGACCUGGAUAGAUUGAUCCCAGUAAAUCCUCCAGCCAAAACCUUGAACCCCUUCCUCUCAGGACUCAGUGCUCCAUCGGCCAUCAACCCAUUCCAAGCGGAGCCGGCCAAACUAACUCUGAAUCAAAUGGGCUACAGCACCCCCGCUCAUGUUCCCCAGGGCGCUUCCCUUCCCUACAGUGCCUCUUUGCCCCUACCCAUGAGCCACCAGCCUGCCAGCCUCCCCGCCUCUCUUACUCACCCAACCCAGCCCGGCCUCGGCCUGCCAGCGACCCUCCCCGAGCCGCUGUUGCCCUUCUCUUCAGGCAGCAUCGACGGAUCACAGGCUGCACAGAACCCUUUCUUAUGAGGAGCAACUAAACUGGACCAAAUAGCUAUUAAAAAAAGGGUAACUGCGGAUUGAAUAGCCGCAUCCAGGACUUGAAUGAAAACUGAAUGUUUCAUAUUGUACUAUAAUCCGGUAACCACUAGAUUAAUGCAAGCUGGUUCUGCUCCUCAGUGCAAUAAUCAGUGACAGGAGUAUUUAAAAAGAGACACCUUUGUAUCAAAAAUGAGUGUCAUGCAGGCACUCUUUAUGGCCAUAAUCGAUUGCAACCAUAAUACAGAUAAAACUCGCACAAAAGCACAGUUUGAUAACAGUUUGAUGUCGCUUCACUUGGCCACAAUUACCAGGCAAAUUGUAUUACGGAUUUUCAACAAGUCUCUUGCUCACUCGUCUGUUUGUGCAAUUUGCUUUUCUGGCUGCUGCUGUCAUAUACAAAUGUAAAAAAAAAUGGAUUUCCCAUAAGAGACCAGCGUUAGAGACCUGUCCCGUGCUUCAAAUGCUGCCGCAUCAAUACAGUUACAUUUUCUGUUGGAACCAGAACUGUUUAGUAACAGUUGUGUGCAUUUGAUUUUAUUUUUGGUGUUUGGGAGGACUGGAAGUGCUGAAUGAUUGCCCAUCAGCACGUUACCCUUAGAAAAUGAAUGAAUCCUGAGUUUUAUUGAUUGCUUGUGAACCAGAUUCGUCAAAUAUAAG